GGGCAGUGUCUCCGGGAGGAGGCUGGGAGCGGCCUCAGCACGCAGAGUGGACUCUCACCAUCGCACAGGAAGCCGGCUAGCCCCCAGAUGAAGUCCGAGCAGAGAUGGCAAAAGGUGGGCUUGACUUCUUGUAGGCCUCCCGAGAGACCUUUCCGGGCAUCGCCAAGAAUAAUGGCCUCACCGAGACACCCAAGGCCAGUGUUCUGCCAGUGGUCGUUCGGAGUUUGGAGCGUCUGAGACACAGCAACCUGGGCGGAACUCGCCAGGGGAAGAGGCGGCGCGUGUUGGGUUCUGUCCUGCCCCUGCCUGGGGAGCGGUCACGUGGAUUCUACCCGGAGGCGGAACCGCUGCAACCGGGACCUAAAGGCUUGCUGAUCGGGAGCGCCUGGAUACUUUAGCCAUGCGCCUCUGGGGCCUUUCCUCUGCUAAGCUGGCUUUUCUAGCUGUGCUCUUGGCCGCGCCCUUGGCUCUGGCUGAGACCCCAUACCUGGUGCGUGUGGAUGCAGCCCGCCCGCUGAGGCCUCUGCUGCCCUUUUGGAGGAGCACCGGCUUCUGCCCCCCACUGCCUCAUGACCAGGCUGACCGGUUCGACCUUAGUUGGGACCAGCAACUGAACCUUGCCUACAUCGGUGCUGUGCCUCACAGUGGCAUCGAGCAGGUCCGGAUACACUGGCUGCUGGAUCUCAUCACAGCCAGGAAGGCACCUACACAGGGGCUGAUAUACAACUUCACCCACUUAGAUGCUUUCCUGGACCUCCUUAUGGAGAACCAGCUCCUCCCUGGAUUUGAGCUGAUGGGCAGUCCUUCUGGGCACUUUACAGACUUUGAGGACAAGCAGCAGGUGUUUGAAUGGAAGAACUUGGUUUCUCUCUUGGCCAGGAGAUAUAUUGGUAGGUAUGGACUGACACAUGUUUCCAAGUGGAACUUCGAGACUUGGAAUGAACCAGAUCACCACGACUUCGACAAUGUGUCCAUGACCAUACAAGGCUUCCUGAAUUACUAUGAUGCCUGCUCUGAGGGGCUGCGUAUUGCCAGCCCCACGUUGAGACUGGGUGGCCCUGGGGAUUCCUUCCACCCCCUGCCAAAGUCACCACUUUGCUGGAGCCUCCUGCGCCAUUGUGCCAAUGGAACCAACUUCUUCACUGGCGAGGUGGGCGUGCGUCUGGAUUUUAUCUCCCUGCACAAGAAGGGCGCAGGCAGCUCCAUCUCCAUCCUGGAGCAGGAGGUGGCAGUUGUGGGGCAGAUCCAGCAGCUGUUCCCUGAGUUCAAGGACACCCCUAUUUACAAUGACGAAGCAGACCCUCUGGUGGGCUGGUCACUGCCACAGCCUUGGAGAGCUGAUGUGACUUACGCAGCUUUGGUGGUGAAGGUCAUUGCCCAGCACCAGAACCUGCUGCUUGCUAAUAGCAGCUCCUCCCUGCGCUAUGUGCUCCUGAGCAACGACAAUGCCUUCCUGAGCUACCACCCACACCCUUUCUCCCAGCGCACACUUACUGCCCGCUUCCAGGUCAACAAUACUUGCCCACCCCAUGUGCAGCUCCUGCGAAAGCCAGUCCUCACAGUCAUGGGGCUGAUGGCCCUGCUGGAUGGAGAACAACUCUGGGCAGAGGUGUCAGAGGCUGGGGUUGUGUUGGACAGCAAUCACACAGUGGGUGUCCUGGCCAGCAUCCAUCGCCCCAAAGUCUCCUCAGAGGCCUGGCGUACCACGGUCCUUAUCUACGCUAGUGAUGACACCCAAGUACACCUCAACCGCAGUAUCCCCGUGACUCUUCAUCUUCGCGGGGUACCCCCUGGAUUGGGGCUUGUCUAUGUAGUACGCUACCUAGACAAUCAACUCUGCAGCCCCUACAGUGAGUGGCAGCACAUGGGUCAGCCAGUCUUCCCCUCUGCAGAGCAGUUCCGACAUAUGCGCAUGGUGGAGGACCCAGUGGUUGAGGCACCACGUCCCUUCCCUGCUGGAGGCCACCUGACUUUACAUAGGAAGCUUUCUUUGCCAUCACUUUUGCUGGUGCAUGUAUGCACACAACCCUUGAAACCACCAGGAAAGGUUAGCCGGCUCCGUGCACUGCCCCUGACACAUGGGCAGUUGGUUCUAGUCUGGUCGGAUGAGCAUGUGGACUCCAAGUGCCUGUGGACAUAUGAGAUCCAGUUCUCCCAGAAGGGUGAGGUGUAUGCCCCAAUCAGCAGGAGGCCGUCUACUUUCAACCUCUUUGUGUUCAGCCCAGACACAGGUGUGGUUUCUGGCUCCUAUCGAGUACGAGCAUUGGACUACUGGGCCCGGCCAGGCCCCUUCUCAGACCCUGUGACUUACCUGGAUGUCCCUGCCUCGUGAGAGCCACUGGCUUCUAGUGACUGUAUCUUUCUCUACCUCAGCCUUGGAGUCUGUCUUUGUGGAUGAACACUACAGGGGACCCAGCUGCAGUGACCUUUGCCUGCCUUCCUCUCUCCUUCCAGAUGCUCAAAAGUUUAACGUUGGAACUGGGAAGAUGGCUCAGUGGGUAAAGUGCUUGCUGUGCACUCAUGUAAAGGCUGGUCAUGGCGAUAGCUGCCCGUGACCCUAAUGUUGGUGGGGGGCACAGAGGCAGGCCGGGGCUCACUGCCCAUCUAGUCUACCUGAGACUGCAAGCUCCAGGUCCAGUAAGAAAUCCUGCUUCAGAAAAAUGCAGUAGAGAACUAUAGAGAAGAUACUCAAUAUUGAAAUUCGGUCUACACGCGCGCACUCUCUCCCUCUCUCUCACCCGCAAAACACACUGCACACCACACUAUGCAUACACAGGCUAAAUUCAGUUCCUUUUCUGAGACUCAAGACACACUUUUAGCUUGAGAUUCUAUAAUAUCAAAAAUAAAGUUACGCGCUUCUGAAAUACAAUUGCAUAGGAUAAACAUCUCCAUUUCAACAGGAAAAUAAACGACAAGGAAGGAUUUAACUGAAGCAAGACCAAAACAUUAAAUCCUGAAAGACAAACAUUAAAUCCUGCAGAUACAGUCCCAGAAUUGGGGCACAUGUUAUUGUGAUGUGAACUCUGAAAAUGUUCUGUCUUUGUGGGGUUGCCGUUUACAGCUCCUACGACUUUUCUCCUGGGCUGAUAUCUUAGGUUUUCCAUUGCUGUGAUUAGACAUGAUGAGCAUAAGCGACUUGGGUAUGACAAAGUUUAUUUUUGUUUACAUUUCCAGGUUACAGUGUAUCAUUGAAGGAGGUCAGGGCAGGAACCUGGAGGUAGGGACUGAUGUAGAAACCAUGGAGAAGUGCUUACUGGCUUGUUCUCCAAGGCUUUCUCAGUCUAUUUUCUUUAUAGACCCCAGGACCACCAGCCAAAAGGGUGGCACCUCUCACAGUGUCCUGGGCCCUCCUACACUAAUCACUAAUAAGAAAAUGCAAUACAGGCUUGCCCAUAGGUCAAUCCUGUUAGGGCAUUUUCUCAGUUGAGCUUCCCUCUUCCCAAAUGACUCUAGCUUGUGACAAAUUGACAUAAAACUAUUCCAGCCUUGACACAUAUUACCAGGCCUCUCAAGUCUUCCUUGGAAAUCUGCCUGGAAUCCUAUAUAACCCUGUAACUGUAAUUCUUGUAUUCUGUCUUCUAAGCCAGCAUCCUGUGGAUCACAUAAAGCUUGGAUGGUAGCUGAGGACCCUUGGGCCAUCCAUGGCCGCAGUAAACUUGGAGUGCCUUGUUACUUAGCCCCAUGCACUUGGGCAGAACAUCAUGAGGAUGGUAACUUGUAGAGGGGGAGGCUGUUCACCUCAUAGGGAACAGGAAGCAGAGUAAGGAUAGAAUUAAGUAUAACCUUCAAAAACACUUUUUCACUGACCUUUGUCCAACUAGGCCCUAUAGAAUCUCCCAAAAUAGAACCAUUACCUGGAAACAGUUGUUUAGCAUGUAAGCCUUUGGGGGGGAUUAUAUUUACUAUUUAAAAUAUGCUGGAUACAUCACCUUGGUUCUGGAAGAACCCUUGCUCUUUUAGCACCAGUCCCUGUUGUGCUAAGACACAGUUACAUCCCUUUCAGGUGGCCUGUUGGACACACAUGUCCUUAAUUCAUUCUGUACAUAUCCCUUCUCUCCAGCAGCCCAUGAAAAAGCCCAACAUACAGAAAUUUGUGCUGAAGCCUAGGCUUGCUGCCAAGCUCUUCCAAGUUAGUAUUACCUUCUGUCCAGGAAAUAAGUCUGAAUGGAAUGCUUGUACACUCUGCGUGGCUACAUCCAAUUUAGAGUUCCUCUGGACUUGUGCCUCUUAGAAGUGGGUAGAGUAAAUAAAAUACAAUGACCUUCUGUAGUGCUUUUUAUCCCCAUAGGCUGGCCUUGAAACCUUGACCCUCUGUCUCAGCCUCCCUAGUACUAAGAUUAUGGGUGUGUAUCACCAUGCCUGUGAAUGAUCCCUCACUUCAAAUAAAAUAGGACAUUUCCCACUGCCAUGGGAUCACCACAGGCUCCCCUAGAGAAUGCUGAGCUUUUCAGAGCUUGCCUUCCACCUCUUGGAAGUAUGUUUUGCUAAACCCUCCAGGGCAUGUAACUUCUUGCCCACCAACCCCAGUGAGCAUGACCAACAGAUUGCAUUAAUUUUGGAAGAGUGAUGUCACCAGGCAAACUUCACACCCAUUAUGUGAAAGUAGACUGCUCUUGAUGAGACAGAGCACUUUCCAGUGGAGAAACUUAUGUGUCAGGUGGCCAGCCCUCAGAUGUAGUGCUUGUUGAUAUGGUCAUGUUGCAGUGAACCACCAACACAAUAUCUCUGGGGCAAGUUAUGAGGAUCUGGAAGAAGACCUCUCCAUCUCCCUCUCUGUCCUAGACUGGAAAAGGGCCUAAUGGUGGUCUUCAGAACAAGCCAACAUGGUCUGCUGAAAGAUGUCACUGAAAGCCUCACUGGCCAGUAGGCCACUUAGUUCUCAGGUGACAGGACUGUGGCCACUUAGACCCAUUAUCCAAUCACUGUGGGAGUUCACCUUCCUCUUCCAGGUGGGGCCUAGUCUCCCUCUUUCUAGGUUCUUUGUCUGUAAAGUGGCUCGGGUUAGGGAUUAAUAUGCCCUGGAGCAACAUUGUGAUAGUUUGUGCUGGCCAAUGGCCUGUGGGCCCAUGUCUGGCAGGACUCUGCAUCCUGUCCUCUGGAAAUAUCUCAGGACCUCUCAUCUGUUGAUGGUGUUUUUCCUACUGGUCUCCUCAGUGCCACAGACUUCUGCAGGCACAUUGCUGUGGAAGUGUUUGAGCAAUUCUUGACUAAGGAGUUAAGAGCCAGCUCUGAAGCAUCCCAUCGGCCUGUGCUGUGUUUACUUCCAAAGGGCUUUGGAUACUGUUUGAUACACUGACCACUGUCCCUAUGUAUAUCAUGAAGGAGCAUGUAUCACCAGCUUCCUAGGACAGUGUAUGCAGGCAGGGUAUUGUCCAGAUCCCUCAACUUGACUUUUGAACCCUGGGUACUCAGGCUCACACCACAGACUUCAGACCCUUGAUAAUCUAGACAGUCAAUGCAGGAGCUUACUGGUUUGCUCUUCAUGGCUUGCUCACUUUGCUCUCAUAUGAGACAGGUCCAUCUGCCCAGAGGUAGCAUUAUCCAUAGUGAGAUAGGUCUCACAUCAAUCAUUAAUCAAGAAAAUGGUCCUGAGACUUGCCUACAGGCCAAUCUGAUGGAGACAAUUCCUCAAUUGAGGUUUUCUCUUCACAGAUGACUCUUAACUUGUGUCAAAUUUACAAAAGCUAAUAAUGAUAGAAGGUCUAUGUCAUAAUGCCUCUCCUGGACCUGAUGACUGGGCAUAGUUGAUCCUUGGCUCUUCUCUUGGUCUGACUGGCAUAUUUCAUUUUCUUUUCUUGCUCCUCCUCCCUCACGUCCUGGUUCAGUUUGGACUGUUCUAGACGCUUCUGGCUGAACUCUCCCUCAUAUCUACAAUAAAACCCUUCUCCUCAACCAUACCUUGGAGUGAUCAUGCCCUAAUUUUCAUCCAGGGUGCUGUAUUAGUUACUUUUCUAUUGCUAUGAUAAUACAACAUGACCAAGGCAUCUAUGAAGAAUUUCUUCUGGCUUAGUUUCACAGGGAUAAAAGUUUGCUAUGGCAGGAAGGCAAAGCAGUGAGAAGCAGUCAUGGUCAUGGGAGCAGGAAACAGAGAUCACAAACCUUCAGCCACAUACACAAAGCAAAGACAGUGAGUUGGAGGUAGGUCGAGGGCAUAAAUUCUCAAAAACCUGCCUCCAGUGGAGUCUUGUCUGAAACUAAAUCUCAAAAUCAAAAAGUAGUACUACAUUAUAUAAACAUAUGUAUAUAUGUUCUAACUUAGAAGAACACAGAAUAUGUAUUCCCUUCCCAAGGGGAGGAAUGGGGGUAUAGUGGGAAAACACUGAACCAAAGUAAGACUGAAACCCAGGAGUGAAAACUGUAAAUCCUUUAGCUCCAUGUCUGGUGCCUAGGACUUUAAAGAGCUUAAAUGGCAUAGCCUCCCACUCAUCUUGCUGCCUGCAACAUACAUCUCUCUUUUGGGCAUAGUUCCAAUCCCUGCCUGCACCGCUUCUUGGCAGAUGCCUCAUAGCUGAGCAUCUCCAACAUCCGGAGGUUUCCCUGCAACCUGGUGUAGAUGUCACAGCUUCAUGCAAUGGCUUCUCACAUUGCCCUCUUAAGGCCUUCAUACGGGGACUCUGCUGCCAAACACUGCCUGACCUUAGUUGGAAAUAAAGCUGCUGUAAACAUCUGUGCAUA